AUGUAACAAUUCGAAAUUCCUAAAACCUUUAAGGCAGCCUAAUUAGCAGAGUACGGAAAAGAACUUCAGAUUGCUGAAAUUAAAACUCCUGAAUUAAAAGAAGGAGAAGUAUUGAUAAAGGUUGAAGCAGCACCAGUCAAUCCAUCAGAUCUAUCAUUAAAUGAUGGACAUUAUCCAUCUGGAAAAGUAUUGCCAGCAGUCCCAGGAAUUGAGGGAUCAGGAGUAGUAGUUCAAAUAGGACCCAAUGUAGAAAAUGUGAAGGUGGGCACCAAGGUUGCAUUUACUGCUUAUUCCAACUAUGGUAGCUAUGGUCAGUAUUCGUUGACUACCAGCCAACAAAUAAUCCCAUUAGAUGAUGAUAUAUCUUUUGAAGCCGGAGCCUCAUCUAUCGUUAACCCUAUCACAGUCCUACUCAUGUUGAUUGAAACUUAGGAAUUAGGAGCCAAGGCUAUAGUUCAUACUGCUGCAAGUUCAGCCUUGGGCAGAAUGUUAGUCAAAUAUUUCUAAGAUUCAGGAAUCGAUGUCAUAAAUGUAGUGAGAAGACAAGAGUAGGUUGAGCUUCUCUAAAAGGAAGGUGCUAAAUAUGUGUUAAAUCAAACAUCAGAGACCUUUUAGAAGGAUUUAAAUGCCUUGGCCCAUAAAUUGAAUGCUACCGUCUUUUUUGAUUGCAUUGGUGGCAAUAUUACAGGAGAAAUACUCAGCUAAUUGCCUAAUAAAUCAACUGCUCUUCUUUAUGGGUUAUUAUCAGGAUAGCCAGUCAGCGAUAUUAGUGCAAUUUCUUUGAUUUUCUAGGGUAAAACCAUCAAAGGGUUCUGGUUGACUACUUUGAUUCACAAGUAUAACCCAUUUGUUGAUGAAAAUGCUAAAAAGAAUUUGAAUGCUUUACUUAAAACAACACUUAAGACAGAGUAUGCUAAACAAUAUCCACUUGACAAAAUUAAUGAAGGCAUCUAAUUUUACAAAAAGAAUCAAACAUCAGGAAAGAUCUUAGUGAGACCACAUUAAUGA